UAUUAACAUUUCUUUACAUAAAGCAUGCCCUUCGUGAAGGUUGUCAAGAACAAGGGGUACUUCAAGCGCUUCCAGGUGCAGUACCGCCGUCGCCGCGAGGGAAAGACGGACUACUAUGCACGCCGCCAGAUGGUGCUGCAGGAUAAGACCAAGUUCGGCUCGCCGAAGUACCGUCUUGUGGUGCGCAUCUCCAACAAGGACGUCAUCGCGCAGAUUGUGCAGGCGAAGAUUGUGGGUGAUAAGGUGCUGAUGUCAGCGUACUCGCACGAGCUGCCUGCCUUUGGUCUUGAGCACGGUCUGACCAACUACGCCGCCGCGUACGCGACCGGUCUUCUGCUUGCACGCCGCACCCUCGCGAAGCUUGGUCUGGACAAGAAGUUCGAGGGUGUGAAGGACGCCGACGGCAGCUACUCCGCGGUGCGGACGAAGAAGGAGGACCAGGGCGACGACGAGGCCCAGUUCCCGUUCAAGGCGAUCCUGGACAUCGGUCUGGCUCGCACGACGACUGGUGCGCGCGUUUUCGGUGUGCUGAAGGGAGCCGUGGACGGCGGCAUCGCCGUUCCGCAUCGCCCGAACCGCUUCCCUGGCUACAACAAGGAGAAGUCCUCGUUGGACGCGAAGGUGCACCGUGACCGUAUCUUUGGUAAGCACGUUGCGGAGUACCUGAAGCAGGUGAAGGAAGAGCUGAGCUCAAACCCUGACGAAAAGAUCAACCAGUUCUCGAAGUACCUUGCGGCGAAGGUGGCUCCUGAGAGCAUUGAGGGCAUGUACAAGAAGGCAUAUGCUGCCAUCCGCGCUGACCCCACGAAGACUCUUCCGAAGAAGGCGAAGAAGGAGGGUGUGCCGUUCAAGAAGUACUCUCGCUCGAAGAAGUCCAGCGGCGUGGAGAAGAAGGCCGCCGCCAAGGCCAAGGUUGCCGCCAUUCGUGAGCGCCUUUCCUCGAAGUGAUUAAUUUGUAUGAAAUGUGUCGUAGCUACAUUGUGGUAGCACUUUUUUGUAUUUCUGAGGGAAAAUUAUCCUUGAUGAGCUGGAAGCAUUUUAUAAUUAAGUUCCAAGAUUCAUGUAUGCGAAACCUUCGAAACCAUUGAGUUUGUGAGGGAAUAAUACUUGAAAAUUAGUUCUGAUCAAUAAAUAAUAUGCAUUGAGUUUUAAAUUAUUUCGUUUUUAACCGAUUUGAAUCUUAAUGUUUUCUAUUUACGUAA